AUGAAAUAUCCAACAUUCUCGUGUGUUGUCAUUUUAUCUCUACUUUUUAUUCAUCUUUCCACAACGAUCGGUUCACUUCAACGGCAAUAUGGCAGAGAAAUUUCGAUGGAAUCCGGUUUGGAUCUUGAUCAUUCCAAAUGGUAUCGUGAAACCAAGAUUGCGAAAAAGGAUAAAAGUCGAUCGCGAGCUCUAAUGUAUGACUUUCUACUUCAUAAAUGGUUUUUACGCAAAGUACCGCAUUGA